AUGACGACCGCCCACAGGCCGACCUUUGAUCCCGCCCGCGGCAAAGAGGCCCUCCGCGGCCCGGCCUACCACCAGCGCCUCCUCCCCGCCCACACGCAACUCAAGUUCCGCAAGGCCGGCCAGGGCGGCGACGCCGACGACGAGCCUGAGCGCGACCUCGCCGCCGAGCUGCUCGCUGCCGAGGCCGCCCACUUCGCCAAGAAGAACGGCGGCGCCCUUCCCCCGCCCGCCGGCGACGACGACGACGAUGAAUCCGUCUCCGCGACCGCCGCGGGCAAGCGAGCCCUGCCGUCGGGACGGAACGGCGACGGUGGCGGCGACGACGACGACGAAGAGGAUCUAGCGGCGAAGCGGCGCAGGAUCUUGGAGGAGACGCGGGAGAUUGACGCCGACGACAGCAGCGAGGAGGAUGACGACGAUGAUAGCGACGACAGCGAUGACGAGGACGAGGACGCCGAGCUCCAGCGCGAACUCGAGCGCGUGCGGCGUGAGCGAGAGGAAAAGAAGAAGCGCGAGGAAGCAGAGCGCGCCAAGGAGGAAGAAGAGGCCCGCGAGCGGCACAUCGCCUACGGCAAUCCCCUCCUCAACAAGCAAGACUUUACCAUGAAGCGCCGCUGGGACGACGAUGUCGUGUUCAAGAACCAGGCCCGCGGCACGGAGGAUAAGGGCAAGAAGAAGGAGUUUGUCAACGUGAGUGUUCCUCCCGCAUCCCUCGCCAAGCACAUGCCCCUGGAUCUCCUGCGGUCCGACUUUCAUCGUCGCUUCAUGAACAAGUACGUGCGGUAG